AUGGCUUUAAAUCCAACUUUAAUUCAAGGAAAUGAAUAUUUAUUUCCUGCUAAUAAAGGAUCAGAAUUUACUUAUUUAAGAAGAAAUGAUGUUAAAUUAAAGUUAUAUUUACCAGAUAGGACAAUAAAAGAAGAUGGUAUGAUAUUUUUAACAAGUACACGCUUAGUUUUUGUUAAAAGCGAACAAAGUAAAACUAAUUCUAAUUUUGCAGGAGUAGAGUUACCAUUAAACUUAAUUGAAAAACCUAAAUUUGAACAGCCAGUUUUUGGUUUGAAUUACCUUUCAGGAAUGAUCAAACCAUUAAUUGAUCAUCCAAAUAGUUUAAAAAGCACUUGUAAAUGGAAUAUUACUUUUUUAAAUGGACAGUGUAGUAAUUUUCUUAAUUAUUUUUUUAAAGUAUAUGAAGCAUCAAAAAAAAACAAACCAUUAGGUACUUUAAGUGAAUUUAAUGAACAAUUUUUUUCAAAUAGUAAUGCUUAUGUUGAUCCAAAUGAUCCAACCUUUCUUUAUAUAAAUGAACCACUCCCAGAAAAUCUUUAUAAACCUCAAAACAUAUCACAGAAUCAUUAUAUACCUAUUAACACUGCUAAUAAUAAUCCAGUGGUACAACAAUUAAAUAACCAAAAUGAAGAUAUUCCAGUAUAUAAAAGACCCUAUAUACCACGAAAUAAUAAUGUAAAUAAUUUCAUUCCAUAUAAUCAACAACAUUAUAUAGCCAAUUGUGAUCCUACAAAUAAUGGGUCUAUGUAUAAUCAACAAUCUUAUUUAUCAAAUAAUUAUGAUCACCAAAAUAAUAUGCAUAAUUUUAAUCAACAAAAUACAAAUAUACCAAAUUAUGACCACCACAAUAAUAAUUUAUCUCAUUACAAUCAACAGGAAAAUAGAAUGAUGUAUAAUCAUAAGGAUAAUAUGCCUCUUUAUAAUCAACAAAAUAGUUUAAUGAAUUAUGAUCAUAUGAAUAAUAGAAAUAUACAUAAUCAACAUAAUAAUAUACACAAUUCUGAAUACAAUCUACAAAAUAACAGAACUCAUUGCAAUCAAAGAAUAAAUCAACUUCAUAAUCAACCAAAUAAUCAACAAUUUAAUCCUGCUUAUAAUCAACAUUUUAAUAGUUCUUAUAAUCAACCUUGUAACAUACCACCUUAUAAUCAACAAUAUAAUCAACAAUUAAAUGGACAACUAAAUCAACAAAAUGAUGCUUCAUAUAAUGCACCUUAUAAUCAGCCUUAUAAUCAACAACAGAAUCAGUCAUAUAACAAUUAA